UUCAUUCAAUGGAAAGUUAUCAUUGAUUAGUUAAUUGCAAAUACUCCUUACUUUUUGGUUUAUUGUUUCAAUUAUUUUCAUCAUUUUCGUACUUGUGCUUUUCUAAUCCAAGUUGAUCGCUUAAAGAGUAAUUUGAGCCUUGAGACCAAUGGAUUGUCCAUUUCAAAUACCUGAAUCACUUUCUAAAGUGAAUGAUUAUCAAAAUCUUCUUACACAACUCCAAAAUGCAAUCGAAAAUAUUGAAUCUUAUCGUGAUAAAUUGUUGGAUAAAAGUAAAGAAUUAACAAUAUCUUUGGAUCAUUUGGCUUUUGAUGGAAGUUCGAUUGUUAUUACAAGGGAAAUUGAUGUUAUCAAAGGAAAAGUUACAAUUGUGGACAAAACUUUAUCUUCAUUAUCUGUUUUGCAAAAGUAUUCGGAAGAAGCAUCAGAUCUUCAUGAAUCUAUGCUUCAACGUCCAAACUAUCUAAUGCUCAAUUCAAAAUUCUUUAGAUUAAGUGUUUUAGGUUUUGAAUUUUAUACAUUCAUAGAGAUGAUUAUAUCUUUCAUUAAGCGAUCGGUGCAACCAAGUGCAAUCUCAAUGAACUCUUUGGAUUCGGGUCACAAAUCUCCUUAUGAUUUCUCAUCGAUUAUUGACAAACUGUUGAAGUCUUUGGAAAACAAUUCAAAUCCUGAUUCACAAAUCCAAGUAGAAUCAUUACUUAAACUUGCUCAAAGUGAAUUACAAUUUAUCAGGCAAUCAAAAGAUAUGAAUGAAGGACAAUUAACACUAAUCAAAAUCUAUUGUGAUAAACUUAAUCUUCUGGAUGAUGAAUUAUCAUCAAUUGACAAGGAAACGGAAAACAAACCAAAGCAAAAAGCAAAGAAAUUACGAGAUAUCGUUAAUGGAACUCGAUUAAUUAUCAAAGAAACGUUCGAAUUGAUUGUUGCUCUAAAAACAGUCGAAUGGAUUAACGAAAGUGACGAAAUAUUUGUCGUAAUUAACGAGAAAGGAGCUGAUUCUUUUGAUGAUGUUAUCGAUUACAUGGAGAAAAUUAAAAAACAUUGGAUUGAGAGAAAGACAGUUAAUGAAACGAGUAAAGUCUGUAGACUUGCAGCAUUAAGGAGAUUCAAUGUUUACAUCAAACAAAUGAAGAAAUUGUCAAUACUUAAAUCUGAAUUGGAAUCAGAUUGGAUCAUUUUAGGAAUAAAAAAUAUUAUAACAAAUUUCAAUCGGAUUGAGAGAUCUUCAUCGAGAAUUGUCAACAAUGCUUAUUAUCUCACCUACAAAGGACUACCGAAACCCCCUGUUGAUGUUCCUGUUGGAUUCAUAAGAGAUGAUAUAAUUUACAAAGACCUGGAUGAGAACUCUCAUCAACAUCUUAUAAUCGUUUUAAUAUAUCUUAUUAGAUAUCUUGAUUAUCUCAAUUCAUUGACUUGGAACAAAUUUCAGGACAGAAAACCUCGAAGAGUGUGUGAUAAUUUCGUUGAUAUGAUUUAUGUCUUUAAAGCAUUAGUCGACUCAGACUUGGAUGACAGUGAAUUAAAAUCGAUAUCCUUUGACUUGGCCGAUCGUCUAUGUUUGGCCAAGAUCAAAAUAUCGAAUGAUCGAGAUGCAUUAGAAUAUCGACUUUUUCGUUACAAGCCAAGAAAACCAUUUAAAUUUGUAGAAUUACAGAAAAUCUUUAAUCGUAAUCAUCCCAGUAAACGUUAUCCUGUUAUGAAGUAUAUCGAGAACAAUUUAGACGAGAUAAUCAAUGGAUUCAAUCGUAAAGUCACUAAUCGUGGGCAAAUGAUGAUCAUGAAAAGUGCCAUGGAAAUGAUGAAAAGAUCAUUAAAAACUUUAAAACUUAUGCGAACUGAUUUUAAUCUCGAUCCUCAAGAAAAGUAUCUUGGUAAUUAUCUAGUUAAUCAGUCUGCUAAUGAGUUUUGUUAUGUUGCCGAAACUCUUGGCACUUUGUUGGACAAUUUUCGACCCAACAGACGAACUCCUUUUAGCUUUAAUGCCGAUGGAAAAUUCACCCAACAAAUAAACGAGAUUGGACUUGGAAUGAAAAAAGAUUUCGAGAUGGAGAUUAACUCACAAAUAGAGAAAUUAAAAGCUACGAUCAAAGAAAAUGAAGAGAAUUUAGAAUCGACAAAAGAGGAAAAGAUACAAUUACGAUACUUAACAUCGAUAGUCAAACGAAGUAUAUUGAUUCCAAUCAAAGAGAUUGAAUUGAGUGAAAAAGACGAAAUUGAAAUAUUAAGAGAGAUAAUCGAAGAAUAUGAAUACACUUUGAUUCUUUAUGGACCAAUUGAUUAAUUUUUAAUUGUUUCUUAUUUCUUUGUUUCAUUAAUUCUAUUGUUUUGUUAUUCCAUUGUAAUAUUUAAAAUUAAAUUUCGAUCCUUGUAUUA